AGGAGAAAUCGUCACAUUCCAAUAAAAGGAGAAAAAAAAGAGAGCAGAAACUCAUUAACAGCUUUUUUUGUGAACAUUCCGACGAGGAGCAGAGAGGGCAAACCAGAGAACAAACAGAGAUCCGCCAUUACAAGACCAGAGCAUGAGCUCGAUACAUUAAGACACAUCAAAGAAGAAGACACACGAGAGAGAGAGAGAGAGAAAGGCUGAAAAUCAUGCCUUCAAGGCCUAUGCCUCCAAAUCCAAUCCGACCAAACUUAACCAACAGAACAAGACUCGUCUUCUUGAUCCUCACGAUCUCGUCCUCUCUGGUCAUCUUCUUCGCAAUCCUCUACUUCAUCUACCAUCUCUGGAUUUCUCUUCUCAACCGCUCAAGAACCAUCCCUUUCGACGUUGCCGCUCCAUUGAAGCUCCAAAGGUUCACUCACAAGGAGCUCAAGAUCGCGACCAACGAUUUCGACGACUCGAACGCGGGCACUGUCUUCAGAGGCAUUGCAGGAGACGGCAAGCUUUUCGCUGUCAAGAGCCCCCCCAGCCACUCUCUUCAGACAGAAACUGAGUUCCAGAACGAGUUACAGAUUCUCGGGGGGUUAAGAUCGCCAUUUCUGGUUACCCUUUUGGGUUACUGUGUAGAGAAGAGUCACAGGUUCUUGGUCUACGAGUACAUGCCCAACAAGAGCCUGCAAGAGCUGCUAUUCAGUGAGAAUGGAAACUCGGGCUUGAACUGGGAGAGGAGAUUCAGUAUCAUCCUCGAUGUGGCCAAAGCUUUGGAAUUUAUGCAUUUUGGGUGUGACCCACCUGUGAUUCAUGGAGAUAUAAAGCCGAGCAAUGUUCUUCUGGAUUCUGAAUUUAGGGCAAAGAUUUCAGAUUUCGGUCUGUCGAGGGUUAAGAUCGAAGGAGACUAUGGCGUCGAUUUGUUCAGUCAGGAUUUGGGGAAAAGCCAAGAGCUUUCUGGGAAUCUGGGAGCAUUCGGUGGAGAGAGCACUCCUCGGACAGCAAUCGGGACACCGACACACGAGGUAGAUUUCGCUCUCGCUUUACAAGCAUCUUCUUCUUCGAAGAACAGCAGAACGAGUUACAACAUUAGGGCACUGAAUCUGAAUUCGAUGGGUUUCAAUGCUAAUCUGGCGAUGGAGGGCGAGAGCAGAGAUGGGAUCGAGACGAAAGGGAAGGAGGUUUCGAACGACGUGGAUGAUGAGUUUGAUGCUGGAGAGCAUUGCAAGGGCUUGAAUUUGAGCCCUAACUCUGUUCUUGAUCUGGGAAAGGGAUCGAAGCAGUGGGGGAGAGAUUGGUGGUGGAAGCAAGACGGGAGUGGCGAACUGUGUAGUAAAGAUUACGUGAGGGAAUGGAUCGGAAGCCAGAUUUACGCGACGAAUCCUGACUGGGAAGAUGAACCCAACAAGAUCACUGCUGAGAAGCCCGAGCUGGGGAAUUCGAAUAGAACGACCGAUAAACUCGAAGAUCGGAACGAGUCUGGACUAAACGAAUCGAGGUUCGACACUCUGGAGGAGGAGUUCGCAAAGGAAGAGAUCGAUGAGAGGGCGGAGAAGAGCCGGAAAUUGAAGAAGAAGAAGAAGAAGCAUAGGAAGAUGCAAGAAUGGUGGAAGGAGGAACAUCUGAACAGCGAAAAGACGAGGAUGUUCAGAAUGAAGUUCAAGAAUCGGCUAAAGGUUCCACAUUUCUGUUUCCGAAAAAGGAAAACACUCAGAGAAAGCAGCAUCCAUGACCGAGAGGCCGAGGGAGAGUUCAGUUUCAGAAGGGGAUGGAGAAGAAAGAGCAGAAACAGAUCAAUGGGAGGCAGCGAAAUGUGGAGCGGAGAUUUGUUCAGCCGAGAACUCAGCAGCACAACGAGCAUGAGAGGAACACUCUGUUACAUCGCUCCAGAGAUCGGGAUUGGAUGCGGAUACUUGAUGGAGAAAGGCGAUAUCUACAGUUUCGGAGUUCUGAUUCUGGUGAUAAUAUCGGGCAGAAGGCCAUUACACGUUCUUGCAUCGCCUAUGAAGCUCGAGAAAGCGAACUUGGUGAGCUGGUGCAGGCAUUUGGCUCAGUCGGGGAACGUUCUUGAGCUCGUGGACGAGAAAUUGAACGACGAGUACAGCAAAGAACAGGCGGGUCUGUGCAUAAACUUGGCUCUGGCUUGCCUGCAGAAAUCGCCCGAGCUAAGGCCUGACAUUGCUGAAAUCGUUAGGAUCUUGAAAGGGGAAACCGAGUUUUCGUCGAUGGCUGCCUUCGAAUUUUCGCCAUCGCCGCCCGCCAAGUUUUACGGCAGCAGAUCCAACCGGAGACUUAAGAACAAUGCCGAGUAGGAAGUUUUCAUUUUUUUUUCUUGUUCUGUUGUAAAAUGGUUUCAGAUUCUUUUUUUUUUUUUUUGUGGCUUUUGAUCGAGUGAAUGUAAUUUAGCAGAGAAGAUCUCUUAAUUAGUCGAGAAUGUAUCUGGUGAGUAUAUUUGAAUUCUGUCUUAUUUUCAUUAA